GGGACUAACAUCUCGUCUGGUCGUAUAUGAGGUUGGGCCAGUCCAACUCUGAGUGAAUGUUCCUUUCGCUCUAUCUGCUGGGCUGAGGCUUUAUUCCAUCCCCCUCUUUCUGUCGUCUUUGUUUUCCCAACGGCGUGGUUUGUUCUUUCAUUAGAUAUCCAUUUAUACAUGGGCGUAUGUUAGCGUCAUCUGGCUAUUUCUUGUAAUACAAAACUGCAGGUCCUGCAUCGUUCUGAAGAAUCCACAAACAGCCCCUCCUUGAAGGUGGGGAGCAGAAGAAUAAGCCAGGGACAUUCAUAUAAACGAAGGCCGCGAGCCUCUCUGGAUAAAACACGAGUGCAGACAGACCAGACCAUGUCCGAAAUGGAACCCCCUAAGCUUCAGGUGCAGCAGCCCUCGCCCACAGAAGAAGCCAAAGAAACCACAGACAAAACCCCAGCUACCAGGAGGUCAUUGCACCAGAACAUCCUGGGCAAACUCCGUCCACUUCCUUUGCAAUACCAUUGGUCAUUCUGGUACGACAAACAUUCCGAGAGUGCAUCUUCAGAAUACGACGAGAGACUGUACGUCUUAUACGAAGACGUUGCGGACAUAGCUACCUUCUACCGCGUCUACAACAACUACCCAUGGGACAAGGUCCCGCAAAGAGACACAGUGCACAUCUUCCGCAAAGGUGUGAAACCCGUCUGGGAGGAUCCCGAGAAUCUCAAGGGUGGAUGUUGGAGAUUCCGAGUGCCGAAGAGAAAAGCGCAGGCUUUCUUCCACGAAAUCGCCAUUCUCUGUAUCUCAAAUGAGUUCCAGGCUGCUUUGGAAAAAGAACACGACCAUGUCCUGGGAGUGUCUACCUCCGUACGCUUCAACACGCAUCUGAUCUCGGUAUGGAACAAACUAGGUUCGAACGAGCGCUCCGUCAAGCUUCUAGAGGAAACCAUCCUCAAUCGCUUAUCGCCAAAUCUACGGCCUACUGACUCAGGUACGAACUCGUAUUUCUAUAAACGCCAUCAUGAAAAUGAAGGGUACCAAGAAGCCGUUGGGCAGCAGGCGGGCUCCGAGUAAUGGAUUAGUACACUACUACAGGCUUGAAGUAUUACGGCAUGGGUUGAUUACGUUUAAAUAUUUGUAUUGUUUAGAGGAUAAAUAAAAAGGGCCCGAUUUUAUCAUUAAUUGAUUAUUUCGUUUAUACUGGUGUUCUUCGGUACCAUGAUACUUAUACAGUGGUAUAU